AUGGGCUCUGUUUCGUUAAAAAUAGGAGAUGGAACAGCAAGAUUCAAGAGGGCAUCAGUAUGUUCUUCAGCGGUUAAUCUGCUGAUGCUUUUUUCUGUAAUAAUCACCAAUAUUUUUGCUUUUUAUGCAUUCACAUACUCGCCAAAGGAACUUCACCACCAUCACAAUCCCAAAGAUAUAUCUUUAAUCUCAGAGAAAGUUUCCAUAAUCCUACGAGAGAUUGAAUCUUCAAAGAAAAAGUUAGCCCAGAUGGAGAAAGAUCUCUUAGGCUUCGAUACCAUUGAUUUAUCGAAACCCAAUAUUCCAAAUGAGUUGAAAAUUUUCUUGGAUCACCAUGAGCUACCAUUGGGGAAAGAUUCAAGAACUGGGAUCACUGAAAUGGUGGCAUCUGUGGGCCAUUCCUGUGGGAAAUCUGAGGAUUUGUUGUCUCAGUACAUGAAUUACAAAGUCAAUGGACUUUGCCCUGAUGAUUGGAGCCUAGGGCAAAAGCUGAUCCUGCGUGGAUGCGAGCCUUUACCAAGAAGGAGGUGCUUCGCAAAGACUAUUCCAAAGGUAGGUUUGCAGUCUUUUCCUCCUUCUCUAUGGAAAAAUGUAAGUGAAAAGAUUUAUAGUUGGAGUGGUAUUAAAUGCAAGAAUUUGUCUUGUUUAAAUAGUAAGAAAUUGAAUAGAGAUUGUGCUGGUUGUUUUGAUAUAGUUAAUGGUUAUGAAACUCAAAGAUAUGUUAAGACUAGAGGCAAGAAUGAUUUCCUUAUUGAUGAUGUUUUGGCAAUGGGAAGUGGUGGGAUUAGGGUUGGUUUUGAUAUUGGGGGUGGGUCGGGAACUUUUGCUGCAAGAAUGGCUGAGAGAAAUGUGACUGUGGUGACUGGCACUUUGAAUAUUGAUGCACCUUUUAAUGAAUUCAUUGCAGCAAGAGGGAUUUUCCCUUUGUAUUUGAGUUUGGAUCACAGGUUCCCAUUUUAUGAUAACGUGUUCGAUUUAGUUCACGCGGGGAAUGGACUGGAUGUCGGGGCUCGGCCUGAGAAAUUGGAGUUCUUGAUGUUUGAUAUCGACCGGAUCCUAAGGGCUGGUGGAUUGUUUUGGUUAGACAACUUUUAUUGUUCCAAUGAGGAUAAGAAAAAGGAUCUCACUCGGUUGAUCGAAAGAUUCGGCUAUAAAAAACUCAAAUGGAUUGUGGGAGAGAAAAUAAAUGGUUCUGGGAAAUCUGAGGUUUAUUUGUCUGCUGUUCUACAGAAACCUGUAAGAGUUCGAUUAUAA